AUGGCAGAAGGAAAAGGAAGAGUUUGUGUAACAGGAGGUACUGGUUUUAUUGGUUCAUGGAUCAUCAAGACUCUCCUUCAAAAUGGUUACACCGUUAAUACCACGGUUAGAUCUAGUCCAGGGCAGAAGAAAGAUGUUAGCUUCCUCACAAAUCUUCCAGGAGCAUCAAAAAAGCUAAAAAUUUUCAAUGCUGAUCUUAGCGAUCCAGAAAGCUUUACUGCAGCAAUUGAAGGGUGUGUUGGAAUAUUUCACACUGCAACUCCAAUGGAUUUCCUAGAGACCGAACCGGAAGAAAUAGUGACAAAAAGAACCAUUGACGGAGCAUUAGGAAUUCUAAAAGCAUGCAAAAACUCAAAGACAGUGAAGAGAGUUGUUUACACAUCAAGUGGUUCUGCGGUUUAUUAUCAAGAAAAAGAAAAAGAUGUAAUGGACGAAAGUUAUUGGAGUGAUGUGAAUUUUCUUAAAAAAUUGAAGCCAUUUGGUUGGUCAUAUGCCGUUUCUAAGACUCUAGCUGAGAAAGCUGUUCUUGAAUUCGGACAAGAAAAUGGGUUGGAUAUUGUGACUCUUAUACCAUCUUUUGUUGUUGGACCCUUCAUUUGCCCUAAGCUUCCUGGUUCUGUUUAUGCUUCAGUGCCUUUCUUGUUUGGUGAUAUCGACAAGACUCCAUUGAUGGCAUCUCGUAUGCAUAUGGUGCAUGUUGAUGACGUGGCACGAGCACAUAUAUUUUUACUUGAAAAUUCUAAUCCAAAAGGGAGAUAUAAUUGUUCACCAUUCAUUGCAACUUAUGAUGAAAUAAUUGACAUUAUUUCUUCAAAAUACCCUGAAUAUCAAAUUCCAAAAUCCAUAGUUCUUAGGGGAAAUAAAGGUCCUAUGCUUCCACAUUUAACCUCAAAGAAAAUCAUGGAUGCUGGAUUUAAGUUCAAGUAUAGCAUUGAAGAAAUGUUUGAGGAUACAAUUGAAUGUUGCAAGAAAAAGGGUUAUCUUUAA